AUGGGCCCCUAUGCAAUGCGUGGCUAUCGCUCCUCCCGACGGACCUUUUUCCGAGGCUUCGAUCCUCGACACGCCUACGGUCUUCGUGGGGGCUUCCGCCGCGGUGGAAUGGGCGGCGUACUCAAAGUCGCUUUCCUAGGCACAUUCACCUAUUUGAUCGCGAAGCAAUUCUCCCGCACAAACCAGUGUCCUCCUGCCGGUUUCAAUGGCCCUGCUCAGCCAGUUUCACAACAUGCUCAAUACCCCCCGGGUACUCGGUAUCAGUACCCUGUGCAACAGGCCUCAAAUCCUUCCAGUGGAGGUCCAGCAUCACCGGAGUGA